ACUCAGAGGGUGGUGAGGCACUGGAAUGGGUUGCCCGGAGAGGUUGUGGAUGCCCCAUCCCUGGAGAUCAUAGAAUCAUAGAAUAUCCUGAGUUGGAAGGGACCCAUAAGGAUCGUUGAGUCCAACUCCUGAUGGAGAUAUUCAAGACUAGGUUGGACAAGGCCCUGGGCAACCUGAUCUAGAGGGUGGCAACCCUGCCCAGAGCAGGGGGGAGACACCAGAUGAUCUUCAAGGUCCUUUCCAACCCCAGGCCAUUGUACGGUCUCUCAGGUCUCUCAGUUGUACUACAACUCCCAGGGGUCCCCGCGGCAGGGCAGCGUCCCAGCACCGGGAGCAGGGGCGGCGGCGCGGAAGCGGAGCGAGGCGGGCGGCCAUGGCGGGGGCGCUGGAGCCGUACCUGGACUCGCUGCGGCGGGAGCUGCAGGCGCCCGGCCCCGCCGCGCUCUCCGUGCUGCUGGCGCUGCUCCUCGUCGCCAUCACGCUCCUGCUCUGGAGGCUCGCGCAGGCCGGGAGGAGCGGCCGCAGGGCCGUGCUGCUGCUGGGGCUCUGCGACGCGGGGAAGACGCUGCUGUUCGCCAGGCUGCUGACGGGCAGGUACCGGGACACUCAGACGUCUAUAACCGACAGCUCUGCCGUCUACAGGGUCAGCAGCGACAAGAGCGCUAAUGUGACUUUAAUCGACCUCCCAGGCCACGAGAGCCUGCGGCUUCAGUUCUUGGAGAGGUUCAAGGCUGCAGCCAGAGCCAUUGUGUUUGUGGUGGACAGCGUAGCUUUCCAGCGGGAGGUGAAGGAUGUGGCGGAGUUCCUGUACCAGGUCCUGGUCGACAGCACAGUUCUCAAAAAUGCGCCCGCGCUGCUGAUAGCUUGCAAUAAGCAAGAUGUCACAAUGGCAAAAUCAGCAAAACUUAUUCAACAGCAGCUGGAGAAAGAGCUCAACACCUUACGAGUGACCCGCUCUGCAGCCCCCACCAGUCUGGAUGGUUCCGCCGUAGGGGGCCCCGCUCAGCUGGGGAAGAAGGGCAAGGACUUUGACUUCUCCCAGCUGCCAAUGAGGGUGGAGUUUGUGGAGUGCAGCGCCCGUGGCAGCAAGGGAGAGGAAGGGGAUGCCGACUUCGAGGGCCUUGAGAAGUGGCUGGCCAAGAUCGCUUGAACAGAGAAGGGCAGGGCGGGAGGGAGAGAUGUGGGGAGGCUGGGUGGGUGGGACACUUGGAGAGUGAAAGGAGAGAGAUGGUUUGAGGCACUUAAAUCUCUUCUUUUAGAAGAUACUUCUGGAAGUUUCUUCUAGAAAGAGCUGGAAACAAGCAUUGCGGUGUCUUCCUCUGCUGCUUAUGGCCUUGGGAGUAACGUAAUAUCUGGUGUGAUUUCUCUGACUGUGUCCAUCACACUGCAACCUUUUUUUCCUCUCCCUUCUUCCUUCAUCUUUCUCUGGGAUGCUUACCCUAUGGGCUUUUGUGUUUCCUUGAAAUGUUUGGUCUUUUCAUUUGACAGCUGCCAGGCAAAUUAGGGACGAGAGCACUGCCAGGUGAGUCUUCUAGAGACUGGAAUCUUUGUCCUUUUCUGCCUUGGUUUAGCGUUGCAUCCCUGUUACUUCUGCUUACUUACCUGCUGCCCUGGCAAAGUGCACAGACCCUCUGUUGGGCAGUUGCUGAGGCGAGUAAAAAAAGCUGUUUUCCUCUAUCUCCUACCUCCCCAUUCUUCCAGACUGGUGCAGUCCAGUUUCUGUGGGACUGGAGCGACUUAAUAAAUCCCAAAAGCAGGCU